AUGAGUGAAGAGCGUAUCCAAACGGCUUUCCUGGUGGCCAACUGCUUGAUUUUGAUCUCCACAGCAGUCGUGGGGGUGGCGGCCAACGCCUUUGUCGUCCUGGCCGUGUGCAAGCAAAAGAGUCUGCAGACGUGGACCAAUGCCCUGGUGGUCAACCUAGCAGCUGUGGACACCCUCCGAUGCGUCUGCGAUUGUCCCAUACUCCUCGCCGUUCUGGUGCUUGAUAGUUGGCCAGGUGCCAGCACUUACCACGGCUUGUGCGACGUGCAGGUGGCCUCUUUCUCCUUCGCCUGCUGCGUGCAGCUCUCCACGCUGGCCUGCAUCAGUGCUGAGAGGUACCUAGGCGUGGCCCGGCCCUUCCAGAGCAGUAGGAGACGGUUGCGAAUCGCCAUGUUUAUCUCCCUCACAUGGCUCUCGGCUUUUGGGGUGGCCUUCUUGAGCCUGACCUACACCAAGGACUCCCCUGUGCACAUGAGGUGCAACAGUUUGGCGAAAACACAAACAUCUUCAUAUGACACCUUUGGGAUUUACAUCCUGUUCCCACUGUGGGCAUCUUGCUUUGGCCUCAUCGUCGGGUUCUACGUUGGGAUCUUUGCCGUUGUCCGUGCGCACAAUCGCAAGAUAUUUGACAAAGGCAUCUUCCCUGUUUCCAAUAGAGAAAAAACUGAGGGCAAAGUAGAGGACAGACUCAAUGAGCCGUGUACUUCCCAGUUACAACAAAGUGAGGCCGAAUCCCCUAACGGAGACUCCAAUUCGGUUCCACUGGCCCCAACAACAUCCAUAAGGGAGGAAAAAAGAUUGAGUGAAAAUGAUCCUCGUAUAGGACUCCAAUCCACUGUGGUGCUAGCUACUCAGAAAGCCGAUAAAGCACAGAGUUUAGAGUGGAGCUUCAUGGAAGCUGGAGCGGAACCACCAAAUGGAUACGAAGGGGCCGCUGUUAAGAGCUCAACCACAAAGCCAUGUGAGCUGGGGAGCAAUCAUGAAGCGAAAAAGCAAUCCGGCCAGCGGGAGACACAUGACAAAGCACCUUGUGAAGUGAAAGUAACAAGCAUUAAUGUGUGCGCCUCGCUGCACGUGACCGAUCCUGUUGGGCCAAUCGAGAAAGGUUUGUCAGUGGCAGUAGAGAGCCCGAACAUACAAGGUGCUGUUUGCAUGCUGCCGUCCAAUACCAGCAGGGAGAGAAAGAGCAAGAAGAAGGAAAGCAAGAUGGCCAAACGGGCAGGUUACAUCAUACUCACCUUCCUUGUUUUCUGGAUGCCGCUAGUCACCACCAUACUCAUCAACUGGAUAGUACACAGAAACAGGAACACACAGGUCAUCUGUCCACCGUCUGUCUGUCUGUUCUGA